GAACGUUAUAUGGGUGGGGAACGCAAAAAACGUAAAAUACGUAAAAUGAACGAAAAGAAAUUUGUAUUCGAUUGGGAUGCCGGAGAGGAUACAUCUCAAGAUUUUAAUCCACUAUAUGCAAGUAAACACAAUGCUCAGAUGUUCGGGCGUGGACAUUUUGCUGGAAUAGAUAUUAAAGAGCAGAAACGCGAUCGCGCACAAUUUUAUAAUCAACUUUUAGAAGAAAGAAGAACGCUGGAUCAAAAAGAUCGCGCAGAGGAAAGAAUGGAAAUUGACCGCAAGAAAGAAUUAAAGAGUAUGUGGGACGAUCGUCAUUGGUCGGAAAAACCUUUAUCAGAAAUGAAAGAAAGAGAUUGGCGUAUUUUCAAGGAAGAUUUCAAUAUUACCACAAAGGGUGGCAGUAUUCCAAAUCCUAUAAGAUCGUGGGCAGAAUCUGGCUUGUCUGAACGUAUUCUAAAAUUAAUCGAGAGCAUUGGUUAUAAAGAACCGACGCCUAUACAACGCCAAGCAAUACCCAUAGGAUUACAAAAUAGGGAUAUUAUCGGUAUUGCUGAGACAGGUAGUGGUAAGACUGCAUCAUUUGUAAUACCGAUGCUUGUUUAUAUUUCCGAUCUACCAAAAUUAUGUGAAGAAAAUAUGUCGGAUGGUCCUUACGCCCUCAUUUUGGCUCCAACUCGCGAACUGGCUCAGCAAAUUGAACAAGAAACAUUAAAAUUUGCUGCUCCAAUGGGAUUCAACUGUGUAUCCAUUGUUGGUGGGCAUGCAGUUGAAGAGCAAGCUUUUAACCUAAGGAAUGGCGCUGAGAUUAUUAUCGCUACUCCAGGUCGUUUAAAAGAUUGCUUGGAUCGGAGAAUAUUGGUUCUUAAUCAAUGUACUUAUGUGGUUAUGGACGAGGCUGAUCGUAUGAUAGAUAUGGGAUUUGAAGCCGAUGUUAAUUUGAUAUUGGAUGCAUUACCGGUAUCUAACGUAAAGCCUGAUACCGAAGAGGCUGAAAACCCUGCAGAAAUGUUAAAGAAAAUUGGACAGAAAGAACGUUACAGACAAACGGUCAUGUUUUCAGCUACUAUGCCUGCUGCCGUUGAAAGGCUGGCAAAGAGGUAUUUACGGCGACCUGCAGUUGUUACAAUAGGUACAGCCGGUCAGGCCGUGGACACUGUAGAACAACGGGUGGAGAUGAUUAAUGAUGAAAGCAAAAAGAAAGCACGUCUAUUAGAAAUUCUUCAAGGUUCCUUUGAUCCACCGAUUAUAAUUUUCGUCAAUCAGAAGAAAGGCUGUGAUGUUUUGGCUCGAGCUCUAAACAAACUAGGGUACCGUGCGACGACCCUCCACGGUGGUAAGACGCAGGAACAGAGAGAGAGUGCUUUGGCGCAUCUAAAGAAUGGCACUAUGGAUAUAUUAGUGGCUACCGAUGUUGCUGGUCGUGGUAUCGACGUUAAAAAUGUUUCACUAGUCAUUAAUUACGAUAUGGCUAAAAAUAUUGAAGAUUAUACUCACCGCAUCGGUCGUACUGGACGUGCUGGUCAAUCUGGUGUCUCCAUAUCUUUUCUAUCUAACGCGGAUGCGGAUAUCAUGUAUGAUUUGAAACAAAUGAUAUUGAAAUCUCCGAUAUCACGCGUUCCGCCUGAAUUAGCGUCGCAUCCCAACGCAAUGGCCAAGCCUGGAACUUACGUUUCUAAAAGAAAGCAUGAAGAGACAAUAUUUCAAUAA